UAAUACUUUCAACACUACUAUAUAACAAAUAAUUUGAGCUAACAUGUUAUAUUUCCUGUUUCUGUUCCAGCUGAUUCCCCCCACCAACUCAAUCACUAGUGGAAUAAACAACGCUGGAUUGAGACUUUUUCAUAACGUACUUGAGGAAGGAGAAGUUAAUGCAGUGUUCUCCCCGUACUGUGUAGGAAGCGGUUUACACUCCCUACUAGCGGGAGCUGGAGGGAGCACUCACUCCCAAAUAUCACAGUUACUCCACCCUCCUCAUCUCCCCCAUCUCCAGCUGCAAAAGAUUAACUCUGGUUUGAUAAGGUCCACAGAGAACUGUGUACUGAGAAUAACGAACAAGAUAUUCCAUCAUCACAAGACCAAGCUAGCAGAUGACUUUGAGAAUGUUUCAAAGCAACAUUUGGAUUAUGCGUUGAUAGCUGUUAACUUUGAAGACGAAAACCUAAGUCAGAUUAUUGCUGAAUUGAACAGUCAGGUGGAGAAAGAGACGAACGGUAAAAUAUCUAACCUUCUUUCAAAAGAUGUGAUAACAGAAGAAACAAGGAUGGUUCUAGUGAAUACUCUUUACUUUAAAGCUGUUUGGAAGUACAAGUUUCCCAAGCACAGGACAACAGACCGAGAGUUCUACCUAGGGGGUCACGUGACAGGGGGCCUCAGUCACGUGACAGGGGGCCUCCGUCACGUGACAGUGCCUACCAUGCAGCUCGAGACACAUCUCCGAUAUUUAGAAACUGAAGAAUUUCAAAGUGCUGCGCUACAAUUUCUAGACAGUGAAGUGGAAAUGGUUCUGUACAAACCGAAACAUGGUCUGAAGGCUCUCUUAACUAGUCUCCUUAACCACGAAGAAUUGGAAAGUUCUUACCAGGAGAUGUCUUAUGAACUGGUGGAGCUAAACUUACCAAAGUUCCUUGUAAAGAGUAAAUAUUCUCUAAAAGAACAGCUUGUAACCCUGGGGCUAAGUCAUCUGUUUGAUGAUAGACUCGCUGACUUCUCAAAGAUGACCUCAACGGGUAAAAGAGAAUUAACACUAAGUGAAGUACUCCACAACACCUUUAUAUCAGUUGAUGAAGAUGGAUGUGAAGCUGCCAGCGCCACUGCCAGCGUCAUGCGCUUGACCCGCUCCGCCCCUAUCGGUCCAGAGCCUAUUAAACUUCACUUGAAUGUACCGUUUUUAUAUACACUUCGUGAUAGGGCUAGUGGGGUUAUAUUGUUUGUGGGAACUCAGAGUACCUUUAGUGGUCCCGUUAUGGAUAGAUCGGAACUGUGAAACUACGAUUAAAGGAA